ACCCUCGUAUCUUUAUAAAUUCAAAACCUAGGUAGGCCAUUUCCCUUCAUCUCUCUCAAAUUAACCAAAAGUUGUCUCACUCACUUAGGUUAUUCAUUAAUAUAAGAAAAAUGACACAAAUGCAAGAUCGUCAAUGGUACUUGCCUAGAUCUUCAAUUACCACCAACACCAUCACCAUCACCAACACCACGACUCGAAGUUUUAGUACAUCAAGAUCAUGUUGUGGGCUAACAAGAUUGUUGAGGAAGUUGAAGAGAUGUAGUAAUAAGAUGUUGAAAACGAGUAGUACUACGUGUAGUACUAGUCGUCAAUCGUCGUUCCAAUGUCGGUACGAUCCACUUAGUUAUGCGUUGAACUUUGAUCAUGUCUCUGAUGAUGAAGAUUAUUACAAGUUUUGUGCUUUUUCAUCUAGAUUUGUUGCUACCACUAAACCUCAUGAUUAUCAUUCUCAAACUUUGACUAAUUAGUGGUCUUCCCACUAAUUAAUUAAGCUAGAAAAAAGGAAAUUAAGUACAAAUAUAUGUGUAUGAUCAUUUUCUUCUUAAUUUUCAUGAUUAUUAGUAGUUGGAUGAAAAUCAUCUUGUAUACGUUUUAUUGAUUGAGGAUAACAAAUCCCCAGUUUUGGAGAAACAACUAAAACAAAAUGGUAAU